GAUGGGUGAUUGCACCGGCCACCUGCGGGAAAGCGGACGACAAAUCGCUCAUUUUUUCGGAGUCGUGCAUGUCGCAGCACCUGUGGCGCAGGACGCUGUCGUGGGAUGGCGAUUCUGCGGGUUGUGGUCCUCGUGUUCGCGGCCGCUGCGGUGCUUGGCGAUGACCAGUGUUCGGAUCAGUCGUCGAAGGUGGUGGACGUCAAAGACGAUGAUGGCCAGAGCGCGGGCGACUCGUCGUCUUGCGGUUGCGGUCAGCUGAAGCGUUCUAGCAAGUCGGUUGGUGAAAGCAACGACCAAGAGUCGAGGGUGGAUUCCGAAAGCGCGGCGCCAAAUCCUACGACAUCUGAUAACGAUGGUGGCACAGAGCACCCGAGAACGAACCAAAUGGCGCUUGUGCGUGGCGGUCAGUUUGAGAUGGGAACGGACAAGCCAGUGUUUGUGGCUGAUGGCGAGAACCCUGCGAGGCCAGUUCGGGUCAAUGACUUCUACGUUGACGUACACGAGGUCAGCAACGCCGAGUUCGAACGUUUCGUUAAAGCCACUGGUCACGUAACCGAGGCAGAAACCUUUGGUGACUCUUUUGUGCUUGACAGUGCUAUCAGCGAGGAAACCAAGAAAGGAAUCACUCAGGCUGUGGCCGCGGCCCCAUGGUGGCUGCCCGUCAAAGGAGCUGACUGGCGACACCCAGAAGGACCAGACAGCAACAUCAGUGACCGGAUGGAUCAUCCCGUGGUGCACGUAUCGUGGAAUGAUGCUACAGCUUUCUGCAAGUGGUCGGGAAAGCGUCUCCUCACGGAAGCCGAGUGGGAAUAUGCUUGCAGGGCAGGCCUCAAAAACAGGCUGUUCCCAUGGGGAAACAACUGGACUCCCAAAGGUGAAACUCGUGCCAACAUCUGGGAAGGCAAAUUUCCAGUCACAAACACGGCAGAGGACGGCUAUGUGGGCACAGCACCUGUGACUGCUUUCCCAGCAACCAAGUUCGGCCUAAAGAACAUCAUCGGCAAUGUAUGGGAGUGGACUAACGACUGGUGGAACACUCGCCAUACGAGCGAACCGCAAGAUAACCCGGAAGGGCCCCCGAGCGGCACAGACAAAGUGAAGAAAGGCGGCUCCUUCAUGUGCCACAAGGCAUACUGCUACCGCUACCGAUGUGCUGCAAGGAGCCAGAACACCCCUGACACUAGUGCCUACAAUGUAGGGAUUCGCUGUGGAGCCGACAAACUGCCCAGGGACGAGCUGUGACGCUUCGAAACCGUUUCUCGAAAUCACGAAUUCCUGUAUUUGCACGCAUUUUUAUAGCUAUUUAUGCACAUUUGUUUUUCCGCUUAUUGCUACUCUUCGAACUUUUCUUGAACGAGCAUCAAAAAUGCAGAAUUUUUUU